CUUCAGUCAGUCAUAGGCAGCACGGAGCCACAGCAGCGGUGCAGGAGGCAGGCUACAUACUGAACAACGCUGGGGAGGACCAGUGAUACAGCAAAACCAACGACAAAACGAGGAUUCAGUGGCAUGGAUUAAACCCUUGGACGCCGCUAUUAAGAGAUCGUAUUCGGUUAUACAUCGCUGUGCACGGAAAGAAAGGUUGCUUGUUUACAUUUGCAUCCCUUUGAUUACAUUCAGCAGCUAAAACGGCUUGCUAUAGUCUGUGUUUAGCUAGCCGGUGAUGGAGACUGGCAGUUAGCUAGCUGACGUUACUCCUCUGUCAGGCUAGCAUCUAGAUUAAGGCUAAUUUAUCUAGCAGCUAUUUGCUUUCAUUGCGGGUGGCAAAGUUCCUCAUUAGAAAACCUACACAAUGUUAGCUUGUGUUUAAUAAAGCCACUAACGGAUAUCAUUGGUGGUUAGCCGGUGAUUUAACACUGGCAUCAGCUGACGUUAGCUUGCUAGCUACUCAGCGAGCGGCCACUAGCUUCUCUAGCCUCGCUAACUGUCAACGUAAAACACUUUAUCGUGUUUUAGAGGCUGUACAUAUUGGCACAACUUUGCCUGACAUUUGCAAACAGCCAGUACUUGGUUGAUGUAUUUAUUUUUUGAUCGUUUUGUCUGUUGAUCGAAGUUUAGUCAAAACGGCGCCGUUAACGAGCUGCAGCCUUAUUGCAUACUGUCAGAGAGCAACCACCCCCCGGAUCCUCACGAAAUGCAUCAUCCGGACCCUGCAGGAGACUCUGGCAGUGUUAGAAAGAUGGCGCACCCGGCUGUCUUUCACAGAAGGGGUAGCAACACAGGCAGCGGGAGCGGCUCCGGGCUGUCAACACCGGCAAACCCGGUGGUCAAUAACAGCCACGUCCCGGCAGAUGAUUAUCAAGCCUCCCUGUUGAUUCAGUGCCAACCCCCUGCUGGGUCAUCCUCCCCGGGUCCCCAUCACAUGCCACCCCACAGCCUGAAUCUGCAUGCCCAGCCCCAGCCCACACAGACUGGAGCUCAGAUAAAAAAGAAGAGUGGCUUCCAGAUUACAAGUGUGACUCCAGCUCAGAUAUCUGUGAGUACCAACAACAGUAUUGCAGAGGACACAGAAAGCUAUGAUGACCUGGAUGAGUCCCACACAGAGGAUCUCUCUUCUUCUGAAAUAUUGGAUGUGUCCCUAUCCAGACCUAAUGACAUAGUGGGUGGAGAGAGGAGCUCUUCAGAGGAGACGCUGAAUAAUUUCCAUGAGGCUGAUACCCCUGGAGCUGUCUCUCCCAACCAGCCUUCACACCCCCAUGCCAUGAACCAAGCUCAACAGCAUAGUGGGGCCAUGGUGAACGGGAAUGUGCAUCAUCACCAUCACCAUCACCAUCACCAUCAACAUCAUCACAACCAUGCUCAGGGGUACCCUCUGUCCUCUGGGCCUGGGAGUACCCCAUCUGCCCUCAAUUCUGGAGCUUUGCCCUGUAUCACCCAGAAAAUGCCUUCUAACGUGGGGGGCCCUCAAGAGAAUGUUUCCCAGGUUGCCCCUCCAAGUAUUGCCGCUCAGCCCGUGGGGGUUGUGGCCCCGGGAUCUCUCCCUGGAAUGCACAGCUCUGCUACGGGUACUACAGUUAGCAUAGUUAAUCCCCAGACCAGCACUGUUAGUAAUGUGAAUAUGUUGAGCUCUGCCAACGUGCCUGUGAGAGGGGGAAUAAGCACGAGUGCUAGCAGUAUCAGUGGAGGCUUUCCUUUCAAUGUGAUGAGUGGAGGGAGUGGAGGUGCUGUUGCAGCCACAGGUAACCUUAUAACCACCACCUCUAAUGUCAGCAUGAUCCAGCAACACCAAAACAUCAACUCCAACAUUACUAUGACUACUACGUCUGCUGCUGUCAGUGCCUCUGGAGGGAUGGGGGUCCCAGCGGGGAUCCAAGGAAGAGUUGCAUCUUCCGUGCUGCAGCCUAUGAGUGCCCCUAUCACAUCUGUGGCCCCUGUAACAUCCGCCCCAGCUCCAGCCCCUGCUGUGACUACCACCAGCUCUCGCUUCCGCGUGGUGAAGCUGGACUCUAGCUCUGAACCCUUUAAGAAGGGCAGAUGGACAUGUACUGAAUUCUACGAUAAGGAGAACCCUGCCUCCGCUCCAAGCUCCGCUCCGUCGGACACUGGCUCUCACAGCAUGCGUCAGUUUGUCUCUGAGAGCUUUGCUGGGACAUCAGAGCGGGAAAGCACAAGUGGUAGUUCUGUGAGUAGCACUAUGAGUACAUUGAGCCAUUAUACUGAGAGUGUGUGCAGUGGAGAGGCUGGGGGACACCCAGUACCCCAGCAUACCCAGGAUUACUCCUCCCCUCCGCAGGGAUAUCAAGGAAUCCUCCCCAGUGGUUUAAGCAUGGGAGUGUCCCAACCUCACAUGCCCCCGCAUGAUAUGACCCAUUCGCAUGUGAAGACUACUGUAGCCCCCUCGGCUCCAACUAGCAUUCAUCAGCCAGUUUCCAUGCAAGGCCACCAGACCACCAUCCCUACAUCGGCUUUACCCCACCAGCUCACUUAUGCCCAGGCAGUUGCUAAUCCACCAUUAGGCUCCACACAGGGUGUUCAGCAGCAACAGGGAGGCCAUCCGCACCAAGGUGUCCCCCAGGCAGCUGCCUCUCAACCUCUGUCCAACCAAACUGGAUCAGCUCCCUCCGGGUUGGCUAACGGUGUAUGUCAGAUGAUAGGUGGCCUGCAGCAGUCACAGGCUCUUCUUCACACACAGACCUCCACCUCUAGUAUGCCCUCUCAUGUUGGAGCACCAGGUCUUGGCCAGCAGCCUCAGGGCCACCCAGGCCACCUAGACUGCCAGCAGCAGACGCCACAGUCACUCCCAACACAAAUCCAAAGUCUUGGAACCCAGCUGCCCACAACAGUCCACCAGAACCAAGUGUCUGCAUCAAGUGUGCCUCCACCCAACCCUCAGAGCGCCCCCCAAGCCCACAACACUGGGACUAGCGGUCGGAUGCCCACACAGGGUGUUCCCCAGAGCCAGGGGUCUUUUGUCAGCUUGGCCCAUGACCACAGCAGUGCCCUUGCUCUGGCUCAUGCUGCCCAGGCCAGUGCCCUCUAUGCCAGCCUGCCCACCUUCACCACCACCCAGCUGCAGGACGCCCAGCGGCUGCUCCUCCAGCACCAGUCGGCUCUGUUGGGGCUCCCAAAGCUGUCUGGAGGGGAGGCUGGAACUGGAUCCGGCGCUGGCCAGGGUCAGGAAGCUGAUGUCAACGCCGCUUCCGCCAGUGCCUUAACUGCAUCAGCUGGUCUAAAGGCUGGUGAUGGAGAGGAGGAUGGUUCCUCGGGAGCCAGCGUUGUGGCCAUAGACAACAAGAUUGAACAAGCAAUGGACCUGGUGAAGAGUCACCUGAUGUACGCCGUGCGUGAGGAAGUGGAGGUCCUUAAGGAGCAGAUCAAGGAGCUGAUCGACCGUAACUCCCAGUUGGAGCAGGAGAACACCCUGUUGAAGACACUGGCCAGUCCAGAGCAGAUGGCCCAGUUCCAGGCACAGGUUCAGACCGGCUCCCCGCCUGCACCUUCAACAGCAGCAACACCGGGACCCCCAAACAAUGCCGCCCUCGCCCAGCCCAACUCGCACAGCUCUGGCCCGUCGGCGUAGCCUGGUCUGCACAGACAGACGGACUAACUGAAACGUUUUUCAGUUCUGCUACAGCAGCAGAGCUAAGCCUUGCCUUCUACAGCAGGAGGUUACGCUGUCGAGUCAAGAAUUUGCACAUAUUUAUCUCUCAGAAGGAUGCAGCCAGCGGGACGAGCAGCGCAGUGCUUUACAGCAUGGCGGUGGAGUGGGACAAUCUCGAGUUGCUAUGGGGGGGGGCGGUUGUUUUCGGGGGAGGAAUGAAUCAUCGGAACAUUUGCCAAAAAACCCUUGGACAUAUCAACUAGAAUGUCUUACCAAGAAGAAACAAAACUGCUUAUCAGUGACGAUAAUAUCCUUAGCUAUAGAUUAAAAAAUCACUGUGCCUGUGUCUGGAUUUUAAUUGAUGUCGAUUUUACUGACGGUGGCGAUGGAAGAGUAGGAGGUGGAGGAUUGUAUUAGCUGUUACUUUUUUGCUGAAUUAUGUAAAUAAAAAGUGGUUCUCUCUCAAGGCUAUAUCCUAAAGUUACAGGCUGAUAGAGAGAGAGAAAAAGGCCUUCAGACUGACAAAUGAAGAAUGUGAGCAAUUAUUAAGACAAAGUCCCCAUCUGGAAUGGGGGAGGGGUGGGAGGUUGUUUAGAACAAUACUUGGCAGCAUUGAUGAUGUUACUUCAAUUGUGGCUUGCUGGGAUGAACAAACAGUGGUUUCUUAUGGAGAUGAUGAUAUUCUAUUUCAGUAUUUCACUUUCAAGCUCCUCAUUUUGCCCUACACAAAGCUCAUCAUUGCUGUUCUCUCAACCCUGCAGCGGCAUGUAAUUUUAAACCUUAUUCGACAGGGUUGAGACAUUGGGCUUAGCUGCAUUUUCUCUUUUUCCUAAAAGUUUGAUGGGCAGAAGAUGAUGUAUAUUUCUGUAUAGUGUAAGUACCAUGUAAAAUAGUGAGGAGAAGGAGAGAACAACAGAGGUUAUCUUGGUCACACAGAUUGAAACGGGUGAGCGAGGAACGUCUGUGUCGUCUAUUUUUAAUGCUGUAUUUUCAAGACUGUGGAUGGACAGGAGUUUAGGUUAUUUAACUUACAACACAACAGCCAACAAUGUUAUCCAUAUCCCUUACUGCAACAAUAACUUACUGUAAAGUCAUGUUUCUUUCUGGCGUAUUGCACCUCUUCUUUUUUUUGACAGUGAAGAAUCUUUGGAUGAACAAUAUCUUAAAACUCAACAUAAAAAACGUUUUUUCUUUUCCAUUCUGUGUAUCAGUUGUAUGCUCAUGUUCUGUGCAUGGUUCUGCAAAACCGGAUAAGAUAUAGUAACAUAAAUACCACAAUUGCACUUGACCGUUGCACAUCACAACUUUCAAUAAACAUGCUUAAGGAAGAAUAA